AAAAAGAGAAAAAGAGCAAAACAUUUCCCACAAUGAAAUCCUUGUCGUUAUGGCCUAUGGGUCCUCUAAACUAAAAUCCCCAAAAUUCCUCUCUUUAAAACACUAAAACAAAUCUGAAAUUCCCAUAAUACCCCUAAACCCUCCACCGCCGUCUUCCUCCGCAUCACCGCCGCCGUAUGGCUCUCCCACGGCGGCGCCACCACCAUCACCACCACCAUCACCAUCACAACCGUGUACGGUGUCUUCUCCCCGCAAUUUUCUCUAUUUCCACCGUUCUCCUCUUCUUCUUCUUCCUAUCGUUCCUCGCUCCGUCUCCUGAAGAUUCCUCGAGUAACAAAGGCGGAGAAAGUGAGAUUAGACUUCCUCAAUCUCGUAUUCAGAUCAGUGCUGGAGGAGUUCAUAAUCGUGAGCUUUGGAGUUAUAGAAAUUCGAAGUUUUUCUAUGGAUGCAGUAAUGCCAGCAGUAAAUUUGCAAAGGCCAAAGCUAUCACACAUCCAAAUCGGUACUUGUUGAUUGUAACCAGUGGAGGUCUUAACCAACAGAGAACUGGGAUAACUGAUGCUGUUGUUGCUGCUCGCAUUUUAAAUGCUACUCUUGUUGUUCCAAAGUUGGACAAGACGUCUUUCUGGAAAGAUUCUAGUGACUUCUCUGAUAUAUUUGAUGUUGAUUGGUUUAUAAAACAUCUAACGCCAGAUGUUACAAUUAUAGAAGACCUUCCACUUAGAAGACGGCAGAUAUGGACGCCACAUAGAAUGCGUGUUCCUAGAAAGUGCAAUGAAAGAUGCUAUAUAAAUCGUGUAUUGCCUGUACUCAUGAAAAAACAUGCUAUACAGAUCACCAAGUUUGACUAUCGACUUGCAAAUAAGCUGGAUACAGAUUUGCAAAAGCUUAGAUGCAGAGUCAAUUAUCAUGCCCUGAAGUUUGCUGACCAUAUACUCAAAAUGGGUGAGAAAUUGGUCCAGCGAAUGAGGUCGAGCAGCAAGCAUUAUAUUGCCCUUCACCUAAGGUUUGAACCUGAUAUGCUUGCAUUCUCUGGAUGCUAUUACGGUGGAGGGGACAAGGAGAGGACAGAACUGGGAAAGAUACGCCGGAGGUGGAAAACUUUACAUAAUGGCAACCCGGAAAAGGCAAGGAGGCAAGGAAGGUGCCCUCUUACUCCUGAAGAAGUUGGUUUGAUGCUAAGAGCGCUUGGAUAUGGAAAAGAUGUUCAUAUUUACGUAGCAUCUGGUGAAGUGUAUGGAGGUGAAGAAACAUUGGCUCCGUUAAAGGCCCUCUUUCCAAAUUUUUACUCCAAGGAUACUAUUGCCAGCAAGGAAGAGUUAGAACCAUUUUCUUCAUUUUCUUCUAGAAUGGCUGCUCUUGACUUUAUAGUUUGUGAUGAAAGUGAUGUGUUUGUCACUAAUAACAAUGGAAACAUGGCAAAAAUUUUAGCAGGACGAAGGAGAUAUUUUGGUCAUAAACCUACCAUUCGCCCAAAUGCUAAGAAACUAAACCAUGUGUUCUUAAAUAGAAAUAACAUGACAAUAGGGGAAUUUUCUUCUAGAGUUCAUAUAUUUCAAAGAGGAUUCAUGGGGAAGCCUAAGGAAGUGAGGCCAGGGAGGGGUGAGUUUCACGAAAAUCCAUCAACAUGUAUUUGCGAGGAUUCUGAGGCUGAAAAGAAAAUAGACUGGGGUCGUCGAAAAAUUGGUAAAGGCAGUGUAACCAAGAAGAAAGACGGUGAUGAUAUGAAGAAUGAUACUGAGACAGUUCAUGAUGAAAAUAUAGACUAUGAGCCAGAAAUGACUGAUCCUGAGGAUGAAGAUGAUGAGGAUAGCCCUCCCGGCAAAGUUGAAGUUUUGUCCAAUGGAACAAGUAUCGACUAUGACACUUUCAUGUCUGAGGAUACUGAGUUGGACGAGUUGCUUUCAGAUUGAGGAAAGAUCAAAGAUUGGCUUUCGAGAGGUUUUGCCUGUAUAUAAGCCAGCCACCUUCCAAGAAAGAGCUCUUCGGCCGUCUUGUUCAAUUUUGAAUGCCUUUUUGGUCUGAACUGAUUUUCUGGCCGACGCCUUGAUGACACAGUAACGCGGAUCGACUUCUCCUUAAGAUAUUCUGUUAAGAGUUAUUGGAAUGAGCAUAAAGUUAUAGUAGCUUUGGAGGCCUCAGAUCCACAAUGCUUGAUCCCGUGAAGUAUAGCUUCUAAGAUGGAGCUCCCCGAGAGAGAUUUUUUAUUUUUUAACCGGUAUAGCGUUCAAACAUUUUGUAUACAGAGACGAGGAAAAAAACAAGGAACAAUUCCAAUUCUAAAAGGAAUUAAAUGUAAUGUGACAUUUUUUAUUAA